CUCCCGUCUCCCCUCAUUCCCAACCAUCAGAAUUCAAUCACUCAACCAUGUACUCCCGUCUCCCCCGAGCCAUUCUCUCCCCGGCCACCACGGCCGCCCGCCCCUCCUCCCUCCGCCUCGGCGCCCGUCUCGCAGCAGCAGCAGCAGCAGCAGCACCCCAAUUCCAAGUCCAAUUCCAAUCCCACCCCUCCUCCAGCUCCUCCCGCGCAGCCCCUCGAGCCUUCCACUCCACCCCUGCAUCUCGCAAGGGCAUUUUCCCCGACUCCGCGGACCCUCCGGCCCCGAACCCCCAAUCCAACAAUGUCGCCGGCGCAGCCGCCCACGUCACCGAACCGUCCCCGUUGACCGAUGAGCAGUACUACGACUACGCCGAGCAUUAUCUGGACCAGCUCCAGAUUGAGAUCGAGCGGGCGCAGGAGGAGGGCUCGGACAUUGAGGCUGAGUAUAGUGCCGGCGUUAUGAACAUCAUCGUCCCGGGCGUGGGCACCUACGUGCUGAACAAGCAGCCUCCGAACAAGCAGAUCUGGUUGAGUUCGCCGAUUUCCGGGCCCAAGCGGUACGAUUGGGUGGUGGAGGGGGACCAGAUGCACGAGAAGCAGGAGUCGAGGCCGUUUGUCAAUGGGCAGUGGAUUUAUCUGCGCGAUGGGUCGAACCUGACGGAUCUGUUGAAUCAUGAACUGUCUUUGGAUUUCCCGAAGGAUAUCUAUAGUGAGAUUGAGGAGUGAGUGAGUGAGUCGAUUUGCUCUUGAAAUGAUGCGAAUUAUGGGUGGAUGAAUGAAUGAGUAUGGGCGAGGAUACUUGAUAUAGCCCGCUGGUUUAUGUUACAGGGCUAUGAGACCUCUCGUUGCGUGUUUGUGUCGCUGUGGGAUUAUGUAGGAUAUGAUUUUUUUGUUCUUUUGAUGCGAGUGCUAUUUAGUAUCUGCUAGAUAAGACACUUCGGCAGCAGGACGUUCAGUCUCUUUGUUGCGCAGAAAUACUAAGACAAGUUUCGGCUUAGAAA